AUGAUGCGCAGCACACAUUCCCCCACCACAGCACCCACCAACAAAAACACCAUCGCAGUGCGCCUAUUUUUUUUUGUCGCCUCGUGUUCCAUUCACCUUGACGUGCUGCUACUGCAGCUCGUCGUCCCCGGCGCCGUGGCUGAGAGAACCCCCAGGCGGGAAGCGUGUGCCUGCUCCCGCCCGCCGCCGCCCAGAAGGCAGCGCCCACGCAGCUGCGGGAACGCCAGGACUGCAGCCCCCUCCGCCCCGCAUCCGGGGGCCAGAGCGGCAGCUGCGGCGGCGCCUGUCAGGCCCCAAAAAGAAAGAAAAACCUCGGAGCCCGUGUGGGUGUGGGUGUGA